AUGGGUAUGUCAUUCAAAAGCACCUCAGAUCAAUUCGCCAAUCAGCCGCACAUCCCAGACUACAUGAGGAGGGCAUGCGGUGCAUGUCAAGGAUUGAACACCAACUCCACUUCUUCCGCUGUCGCUUUUACUGCUGUCAAUACUACCGCCACUGCCACUACCGCAACUACUGCGGCUGCUGCCACUCACACUGAGACUUCCACCCCUACUACUGUUAUUCGCCCCAGCGAGAGGAGUAACCUUUCUGGAAGGGAGACCUCCUCUUCCAGUACUACCACCACCACCGCCACCGCCACGCCUACUACCAUUACAACUAAAACGCCUCCCCCUCCUCCUUCUCCAUCGUCAGCUCCCGUUUCCAAUUCGGGUUCCUCUCCUCUGCUAAGUGUGGCCAUUAUUCUCGGCAUCGCCUUGGUCUCUGCCAUUUUGGCUAUUAUCUCUCUCCUUGUGACACUGCUUCGCCGUUCGCGUGACCGCUUUUAUGGCGAUGGUGCUCGAGGUUUACACUUUCCGCUUUUCCAAAAUGUUUAA